AUGCUUCUUAGAUUCUCCGAUCUCCAUCGCCUCCUGAGGGUCACCGCCUGGUGCCGAUGGCGAGGCAACCCACCGAGUUCGAAGGCUCACCUCAAUCUCACGCCUGACGAGCUAGAAGCAGCCUUGCUCCUCUGGCUCCGUUUGGUGCAAGCUCUCCAUUUCUCCAAGGAGAUCACAGCCCUGAAACAGAAUAAAAAGUUAGUCAAGGAUCCAAUAUCGAAAUUAAACCCCUUCCUCGACGACCAUGGGAUCAUUCGAGUCGGGGGCCGGCUGAAGCACGCUGUGCUCUCAGAAGACGAACGCCAUCCGAUCAUCUUACCUCCAGAGUCGUGGAUGACGCAACUCCUCGUCAAGGCACACCACAGACGAACGCUUCACGGCGGGGUUCAGCUCACCCUAGGACUGCUUCGCCUGCGGUACUGGAUUCCCCGAGGACGCUCCAUCGUCAAGGGAACCAUCCACCGAUGUGUCACGUGUGUGAGAUGGAAAGCCGCAGUACCACAGCCCAUGAUGAGCAGCCUUCCAACGGCACGAGUCGCACCGGCACGUCCAUUCCUGCGAACCGGUGUUGAUUAUGCCGGGCCGAUUCUCAUCCGAACCGGAAAGGGAAGAGGUCACAAGUCGCACAAGGGAUUCAUCGUCGUCUUCAUUUGCUUCGCCACCAAGGCCGUCCAUCUGGAAACCGCAUCGGACUACUCCACCGACGCAUUCCUCGCUGCGUUUCGGCGCUUCACUUCCCGUCGGGGCCUGUGCAAGGAAGUCUACUCCGACUGCGGCACCAAUUUCGUCGGAGCGGACCGAGAGCUUCGACUCCUGUUUCAGGCAUCAUCAUCCGACGGCCGACGCAUCGCUCACAUUGCAGCGUCCGACGGGAUUCGGUGGAGAUUCAAUCCACCGGCAGCACCUCACUUCGGCGGGCUCUGGGAGGCGGCGGUGAAGUCAACGAAACACCAUCUGCGAAGGGUCCUCGGAGACACGACCCUCACCUUCGAGGAGAUGUCAACGUUCCUCGCUCAAAUGGAGGCAUGCCUCAACUCGCGUCCUCUUCAAGCACUUUCGGACGAUCACGGCGACGUAACGGCACUCACUCCAGGACACUUCCUGAUCGGAGCUCCUCUGCUGGCAGUGCCCGAGCCCUCACUGGCGGACGGCAGCUCCAGUCUUCUGUCCCGCUGGAAACUCCUCCAACGGAUGCGCGAUCAAUUUUGGGAGAGGUGGUCCCGGGAGUACGUCAACUCCUUGGCAUCCCGACCGAAAUGGCUGAAGGACUCAGCCAGUCCCACCGUCGGCGCCCUGUGUCUCGUGCGGUCGGACACAACACCGCCGACCCGCUGGCCACUCGCCCGGAUCACCCGGCUGCAUCCUGGGGACGACGGCGUGACACGCGUGGUCACCAUACGCACCACAUCUUCGGAGCUUGUCCGGCCUCUCACCAAGAUCGUCCUCCUGCCUGGAGCCGACACCGCAGCACCAACGCACCCGGAUUCGUGA